UGUCAAAGUUCCUGUAUCUUCCUUGCGCCUCUGGGUUCCACCGCUGAGAUUACUGUCGGCGUUCCUGUGGCAGGUGGCAGCGAAGCGGCAGGUCACAUACUACACCAGGGUGGAGGAGUUUGUCUCAGUCGUUUUGGAGACGGUCCCACACCUACUGAGUGCUAAGGAAAGGGUUGAACUUCUCCUUGGCCUGAGAGCUAAGUUUAUUUUAGAUUUAUGCCGCAAGCUUCAAUCAGUGACUCUCAAGGCAAUGCAGCCACACCUGAACAAAUUUUCUAAGAUUGCUGAGUCUGUCUCCAUUGAUGGGAGUGAGCGUACAACCGUAGACGCCGCUGUGAGCGGCUUUGUGGUGCUCGUCCAAACCCUUCUGCGGAGUCCACCAGACAGGGAUCAUUUCUUUCAGGAUAUUUACCCAUUGCAUUAUGGUCCCACAUAUGACACAGCACUGCAGAUACUUGUGUGGAAAUUCCUCAGCAGACUGGAAAUGUUAUUGCCAGUGCCCAGCUUCCAUAUGUUGCAGGCAGCCACUUGGUUUGACAAAGACCCCUCACUCUUGGAGGAUUCUCUACAAAUGGUUUACGACACAAAGAAAGUUCAAAAUUUGUUGCUGCAAUUCAAAGAUUGUGCACAUUUGACCCCUGAAUCCUCGCCUUCGCCGAUCUUGGGAAACACCGUUUUCUCAACAUUAUCUGUCCCUUUCACUGUUAAGACAGUUCACCCCUGUAAACACCGUGAGCAAUGUGUGCUAACUGCCCAUGACAGCCAUGACUCUAAGGAUGGGGCAGAUACACUUGAAGACAGGGAUGAAGAGGGCGGAUUAAGAGAUGUGGACGGGGCAGAUGAACAGAGAGACGUGGAUGAAGAUGAUAGACCUGAGGAUGAAGAUGAUGGACCUGAGGAUGAAGAUGAUAAACUUGAAGAUGAAGAAGAUAGAAAUGAGGAGGAACAUGAUCCACAGAGGAACCUUCAUCAAGGCAGGCAGAGAAAUGUGGAUGAAACACAUCUGAAUGAUCAGAAAGUGAACGAGAAAGAUCAAUAUAAUGGUCACGUGCGUGAUCAUGAGAGACUAGUAAGCAGCAGGAGUGAGCAAGAGGACCUGGCGUCCUCAGUAGAAGAGUCUGGGGAAAAGAGAAGACUUUCAUCCCAAACCCAGCAGUCAAAUGGGCCCCUGCAUCACAAAUGCCCUGAAUGUGGCAAACACUUCCGUCGUAAAUCUGAACUCACUGAGCAUCUGACCAUUCACACGGGUGAGAAGCCUUUUCUCUGUUCUCACUGUGGUAAGAGAUUUAGAGCGAAAAGCGUUUUGGUUAGCCACAUACGUGUGCAUACGGGGGAACGGCCCUUCUGCUGUUCAGUCUGUGGGAAGACGUUCACCCAGAGGUCAGCCUGGAAUUUUCAUAUGCGGGUGCACACUGGAGAGAGACCGUACUUGUGUUCUUUCUGCGGCAUGAGUUUCUCUAUCACGUCAAAAUUGAACAUUCACAUGCGAAUUCAUACAGGAGAGCGUCCUUUCAAGUGUGAGCUCUGUGGGAAAGGAUUCCGGAUGUCCGGGAUGCUGACCAACCACAGGAGAGUCGUCCACACAAAGGAGAAACCAUAUAGUUGCUCCGUAUGCCACAAGCGAUUUUCCGAUUCUUCCAAAAUGCGGAGACAUAUGCGAGUGCAUACAGGGGAGAAACCCUAUGAGUGUGUGCUGUGUGGAAAACGAUUUUCACAGAUAGGGAAUAUGAGAAUACAUCAACGUGUGCAUAGGUGACAUCCCCGACUUUAUAAUGAUUUGUGUAAUGGCGAGGCCAUUCACUCUGAAAUGUCAGCCCAGAUAGUAUUAAAUGUGUACAACUAAGUUUGGCGAUUGUACACAGAGUCUGCCUGUUCUUAUUCAAAUGUUGAUGUUGACAUCUAUUGAUAAUAGUUUUCUUAACUCUUAAAAUGCUGAAUACUUGUAGGAGGGGACUCUUGAAAAUUAAUAUUUUUUGGUAAUGGAGCAUUUCAUAAUGUCAAUGUUUUCUCUGACAUUGUAUCCAGUUGUUUUCAAAACUUAUACAGACAAGUGUUGAAGUUUGCCUUGUAAAGACAAAG